AUGGCUGAGGAGGAGGACUUUAGCUCGCUACCCCUGACAGACCGCUGGGUUCACAAGGUCUGGAAGGUUCGCAAGGCGGCCUACGAAGAGGCUGCUCAGCAAUUCGAGAAGACUCCCGACGAGUACGAUCCAUACUUCCAGCCAUGGAUUUCCGAUCCCGGUUUGUGGAAGUCGGCCGCAGCCGAUUCCAAUGUUGCUGCCCAGCAAGAAGGUCUUGCUGCUCUCUGUCAAUUCCUCAAGUACAGCAGCCGUGACGGCGGUCUUCGCGCUCGGUCACAGGUCAUUACUCCAAUUGUCGAGAAAUGCCUUACGUCUACAAGAGCAGCUACCAAGGCCUCAGCCAUCGAGGCCCUAUUGCUCCUGAUCGAAAUCGACGUCCCCGGUCCGGUCAUCGAGGAGAUGCUCCCCGCUUUGAACGCCAAGCAGCCCAAAGUCGUUGCCGCAACGCUCGCUGCCCUGACGACCAUCUACCACAACUAUGGCUGCAAGAUCGCCGAUCCGAAGCCCGUCCUUAAGAUUCUGCCCAAAGUUUUCGGUCAUGCAGACAAGAAUGUCCGUGCCGAGGCCACGAACCUGGCCGUCGAAUUCUACCGCUGGUUGCGCGAUGCUAUGAAGCCAAUGUUUUGGAAUGAUCUCAAACCCACGCAGCAAAACGACCUUGAGGCUCAAUUUGAAAAAGUCAAGGCCGAAGGUGCGCCGAAACAAGAGCGUCUGUUGCGGUCACAGCAGGCGGCUCAGGAACGUGCCCCGGUCGGUGGCGGUGGUGAUGAAGGUUACGAUGAAGAUGGUGGUGACGCUGAGGAACCCGGCGAGGUAGAUGCCUUCGACCUGGCCGAACCCCAGGAUGUCAUGGCCAAGGUGCCCAAGGACUUCUUCGACAACCUGGGCUCCUCCAAGUGGAAGGAACGGAAGGAGGCUCUCGAAGGCCUGUACUCGGCAGUCAAUGUCCCAAGGAUUAAGGAGGCUGAUUUUGGUGAGAUCAAUCGCGCCCUCGCCAAGUGCAUGAAGGAUGCAAACAUUGCUGUCGUCACACAAGCUGCACAGUGUAUUGAGCUGCUGGCCAAGGGCCUGAGAAAGGGCUAUGGCAAGUACCGCAGCAUCGUUAUGCAGCCAAUUAUGGAGAGGUUGAAGGAGAAGAAGCAGUCGGUCGCCGAUGCCUUAGGUGCUGCCCUUGACGCUGUCUUCUUGGCAACUGACCUUACUGAGUGUCUCGAAGAUAUCAUUGCCUUCAUGGGUCAUAAAAACCCUCAGGUCAAAGAAGGUACUAUGAAAUUCCUGGUCAGGUGUUUGAAGACUACACGCGACGUGCCGAGCAAGCAGGAAAUUACGUCCAUUGUCGACGCGGCCAAGAAGUUGCUCUCCGAGUCGAGUGAGGUUCUUCGUACUGGCGGCGCCGAGGUCCUGGGUGUUGUCAUGAAGAUCAUCGGCGAGCGUGCUAUGAACCCUCAUCUCGAUGGUCUCGACGAUAUUCGCAAGGCCAAGAUCAAGGAGUUUUUUGAGACUGCCGAAGUUAAGGCCAAGGCCAAGCCGCCUCCACCCCCAAAGUCGGCUGCUCCAGUUGGCCCCAAGAAGCCUCUCGGAGGCGCAAAAAAAGCUCCUGCUGUCAAGAAGCCCGCUGCUGCUCCGGCGCCAGCCCCAGAGCCGGCACCAGCCCCUGCAGCAGCUCCGGCUCCUCGUGCUGGUCCUGCCAGCAAGCUCGGUGUGCCCAAGUCAGGCGGGCUGAGUGGGCUAAAGGCGCCCCAGAAGCGUACCUUAGCCCCUCCGGCAUCGCCGCGGCGUCCGGCUGCCGUAACGCCCUCCCCCCCGCCCAUGGAGGAAGAGCCUCCUGCAUCACCUCCUCCCCAGAAGCCAGCGUCGCGUUUGGGUCUCGCACGGCCUGGCCUUGCGGCUCGUUCCUUGGCCAAGCCCUCCGCUCCAUCACCUCCUCCUGCUCCACCUUCUCCUCCUGCCCCAGCUGGACUCACUGCGCUCGAGCGUGCAGAGCUUGAAGAACUUCGUACCGCGAACGAGCGGCUGCUCCGUCAACUCGAAGAAGCCCGGCAUGAGCGCCAGAAGCUGCUGUCCGAGAUCCAAGAACUCAAGAACCAGAACGCCAGCCUCAUCGAAGACCAUACCCGUGAUGUCCUUGCCAUUAAGGCCAAGGAGACCCAACUCGUCCGCGCAAAAAGCGAUUGCGAGGCUAUGGAGCAGACCAAUGACCGUUUACGCCGCGAAUUGGAGCGCUUGAAGCGCGCUUUACAGAAGGCUGAGGCUCUUAAUGCCCAACUUAGUGCCCAGGCUGGCAGCCCCAGCUCACCAGGUGGCUUUGGCUUCCGCACCAUGAGCCCUACUCUUGACGAUCCCGGUCUCUACCGCGACCCGGCUGCGGCCGUCUCUCGUACCAAUCGGAUGAGCUUUGCUAGCACCAUGAGCGCCGAGGAGAAGGAGAAUGGCGAUGGCAGCAUGCCGCUGCCGCGCAGCAAGCUUGGCUACGCAGGCAGCAAUGCGAGCAGUGGUCGUGGCAGCCCCGCGCGUGGGUUCCGGCGCGAAGUUAGUGGCAGCGAAGAACGCGACCGGGCUGAUAGUGUCAGCAGCGGGAUUAGUGGCGGCUAUGGAGGUGCCUACACGAGCAGUUUUGGUGCUGAUCGCGCAGGCAACCGGACCGGCAGCAGAGGGACGCUGUCUGGUAGUAGCGGCAUGAGCUCGUCUAACGCGGGCAUGGAGAGCUGGAAGAGGGCUGCUGAAGUUACCAGCCAGCUGAAGGCUAGGAUUGAGCAGAUGAAAGCCCGUCAGGCUAGUAGAGGGCAAUAG